AUGACAAGCUGUGGGAUAGCAAAAAGCCAAACUUUGAAGACAAAGGAUGGAGAUCUUCUAUUGGACUACUCUAAAAAUCUCAUUGAUGAGGAAGUCUUCAAACGCCUUCUUCAGCUGGCCAAAGACAGGCAAGUUGAGCAGAUGAGAGAUGCAAUGUUUUCUGGAGAGAAAAUUAAUUUCACAGAAAACCGUGCUGUGUUACACGUGGCUCUGCGCAACAGGUCUAACACACCCAUUAAUGUGAAUGGAAAAGAUGUGAUGCCUGAUGUAAACCGUGUCCUGGAGCAUAUGAGAGAGUUCACAGAGUCUGUGAUAGGGGGCAGUUGGAAGGGCUACACCGGUCAGUCCAUCACAGAUGUGGUCAACAUUGGUAUAGGAGGUUCAGAUCUGGGCCCUCUGAUGGUGACAGAGUCUCUCCAGCCCUACAGGAAGGGUCCUAAUGUUCAUUUUGUCUCUAAUAUUGAUGGCUCACACUUGGCAAAGACGUUGAUGAAACUGAACCCGGAGACCACUCUUUUCAUCAUUGCUUCUAAGACAUUUACAACUCAGGAAACAAUCACGAAUGCUACAUCUGCUAAAGCCUGGUUCUUAGACAAAGCUAAAGAUCCAGCAGCUGUGGCCAAACACUUUGUUGCCCUGUCUACCAAUGGUCCCAAAGUUAAAGAUUUCGGUAUUGAUGAGAAGAACAUGUUUGAAUUUUGGGAUUGGGUGGGAGGAAGAUAUUCCUUAUGGUCUGCUAUUGGUCUCUCUAUUGCUCUUUUCAUUGGUAUGGAUAACUUUGAAGAUCUCUUGGCUGGUGGUCAUUUCAUGGAUCAGCAUUUCUGUCAGGCCCCUCUUGAGAAAAAUCUGCCGGUCAUCCUGGCUGUUGUGGGUAUAUGGUACAGCAACUUCUUCAAGGCGGAAACCCAUGCUUUGUUGCCUUAUGACCAGUAUAUGCACAGAUUUGCAGCCUACUUCCAACAAGGGGACAUGGAAAGUAAUGGGAAGUAUGUUACGAGGAGCGGACUGCGUGUGAACUACAGUACAGGGCCUAUAGUGUGGGGGGAGCCUGGCACCAACGGCCAGCAUGCUUUCUACCAGCUCAUCCAUCAAGGUACACGGUUGGUUCCUGCUGAUUUCUUCAUCCCCGUGGAAACCCAUAACCCCAUUCAGGGAGGUCUCCAUCAUGAGAUUUUGGCUGCUAACUUCCUGGCCCAGACCGAGGCAUUGAUGAAAGGGAAGACUGUUGCUGAGGCAGAAGAGGAACUGAAAAGCUCUGGGAUGAGUCCAGACCAGAUUGCUCAUAUCUUACCACACAAAGUCUUCGAGGGAAAUCGUCCCAGCAAUUCCAUUAUGUUCCAGAAACUGACUCCUUUUACCCUGGGCGCCCUUGUAGUGAUGUAUGAACACAAGAUAUUUACCCAAGGCACAAUCUGGGACAUUAACUCUUAUGAUCAGUGGGGAGUGGAGCUUGGCAAGCAGCUGGCUAAAGUAAUCCAACCUGAACUGAAGGGUAAAGAUCCAGUCAACUCACAUGAUGCCUCCACCAAUGGGCUCAUUAACUUCUUCAAGAGCCACAAGAAAUGAGCUCAAGUUAUUUACUGGAACUUCCAUUGGCACAGAAGUUUUUUGGGAGAAGUACAUUGCUUUGUCAGUUAACCUAAUGAUGGACAUCUUGUCUUAAAACAAAAAAUGGGGGAAUUUGUGAAAACUAAAAAAUGGUAUUGCCUGUUGUUAAACAUGAUGUGGGGAAAUGCUUUUAGAAUCAUGGGAUAUUUUGACAAGGAAGUCUGAAAAAAGGCAAAUCUGUGUGUUUCAAACUGUCUUCAAGAACAAUGUUUUAAACAAGUCAAGGACGCAUUUUUUUACAGUGUUAUUAGGUUUCAACCAUAAAAUGUUUGCUAAAAUUGUUCACCGCCCACAAAGUGGUGAGAUUGACUCACCUAUCUGUGAUCAUUAGGUGAAGAAUUUGAAUUGUGAAUUGAGAAUUGCUCCACAAGGUGAAAGGGCUGAUUAACCUAAGUAACUAAGCAGUUAAUUGAAGGGUAACAUAGAGUAAUAAAUGCAGCAUAACAAAUCACAACAAUGUAGAGCAUUUUGAAUCAUGUCACUUUUAUAAAUACUGAUAUUAUUUAGGAUGUAGAGUUGAUUUACACAAAAGGUAUUGGGUGCACAAAAUAGCAUGAGCUUCGUUCGACAACAUCAGACGUCAUAUUCUCGUCUUGCUACAAUCACAGUAUUACCCACCUCCUUAAUAUUAGUUGAACCACUUUUGUCUGGUACAAGAGGACAAUAUGAAAUAAUGAAGAAAUCAAGGAAUUUCUUAUGUUACACAAAGUUUCAGUUCUCUUGCCAGGAUCAUUAUCAAAACAAACCAUCGAAAUUUAACGAGGCGAUGCCUUGCUUCUUCAUUUAUACUAUCACUGAAGCCAUGUACAACUAUCGGUCUAAAGCAGUAUAUAACGUCAACAAUAGUUGUAAAUGGUCAGGCUUAUAUUUAGUCAGUCUAGUAGGCCAUGUCAAAUAUGUCACUUACAAGUUAGUUGUCGAUUUACAGUGUUCACAUUGCAGGUAAACUGGUUGUAACAUUAAAAUGCUAAGGAAUUGUGGUAGAAAUUAGGACAUGGCAAAAUGGUUUCGUGACAGUUCUAGGAAGUGGCACUUAUGUCUGUGGAAGGCACAGUGCUGUUCUUCCAUUUUAGUAGCUAAAUGUAAGCCCUAGUGUACUCUUUAAGCAAAGGAAUUUAUUAUUUGUGUUUCUGCAUAUCCCAUAUUUCCAGGGUUUGAGGUAAUACAGAUUUCUUUUAUUACAAAGUCAGUUACACUAUAUGUUUUAGUCAAUUUUUUUUAUGGUUUAAAACCUUUUUGUUGCUAAGAUCUCUGUGUUAAAAUUCAGAUUUGAUGUUGAUGUUUCUGCUCCUACAAUGUAAUUAAUUUAUGAAUGAUUGUCAGAAUUAUGUGAUAAUACUAUGGAGCAUGUAUCAGUGUGCCGCGUAUAAUACAUCAUGUAUAAAAAUAUGGGUAUUAGUACAUUUAUAAACAUGUGCAGGGCCUAGUUCACACAUAUUUCUCUUUUAAUCAGGUACAUUAUGUUUCAUGCCUUGCGGCAUUUCUUACCAAAAAAAAUAAAUUGUACAUGAAAGUAUUUCCGUAUGUAAGUCAUAUUUCAACAUCUUAAGUUAGAGAGUUUGAAAUGCUAAUUAGAGGUGUCUCUAAUGAGCAUUUCGUGUAAGACACUGUAAGGGAGACACACAUUUAGAGAUAGUUUAAUAUGUGAUCUUGAAAAUUCCUUGUGUAUAAUCCGAUUCUUUGAUAGUGCUAAUUACUGUUAAAAUGCUACUUAUUGCAUCAGCAAACCUUCUAACAUGGUUGAGAUGUAUGUUGUUGUUAAUAUGUGUAUGUAAAACAGGUGUUGUUAAAAGCAAUAAAAAUGAACUGUUC